AACCACAUCGGAGUCCUGGGAAGAGCCUUGCUCCACGUGUCUUACCAAGAAUUCCAAGGCAACCUCCCCAUCACCAUCGUCGAGCACGACCGCCCAACCCUGCUAGGCAUGGAGUGGUUCAAGCCACUAGGGCUCGGGAUAGUAGGGGUUAACCAAAUUCGUCAGGACGAACUCGACACCCUCCUCGAAGAAUUCAAGGAAGUCUUCGACGGUAAGCUGGGGAAAUUUGUGGGGAAGCCCAUUUCCUUUAAUCUUGAUAAGACAAUUACACCCAUUAGGCUUAAGCCCCGCAGAGUUCCGUUUGCCCUGAGGCCCAAAGUAGAUGCUCAGCUAGAUAAGCUGAUAGCCCAGGGCGUGUUGGAACCAAUCGAUCAUGCAGCAUGGGAGACGCCCAUUGUGACUCCCAUGAAGCAUGAUGGAUCUGUGCGCAUCUGCGCCGACUACAAAUGUUCGAUCAAUAAGGCCCUUUCGCAGAGCGCAUACCCAGUUCCAGUGGUGCAACAUCUGCUGCAUUCACUUGGGAGUGGGACAAUAUUUGCAAAACUGGACCUGGCCCAGGCUUACCAGCAAUUGCCAGUGGAUGAAAAAACUGCGGAGGCACAAACGAUUGUCACCCAUAGGGGCGCAUUUAAGUGCAACCGCCUCCAAUUUGGAGUCAGCGCAGCCCCAGGCAUUUUUCAAUCAAUGAUGGAACGCCUUCUCCAAGGCAUUCCAGGGGUGGUGCCAUACUUUGAUGAUGUGUUGAUCUCCGGACACUCUAAAACCCAGCUGCUUGAGCGACUUAAACAAGUCUUGCGGCGCUUCAAGGAGAAGGGCUUAAGAGUGAGGAGGGACAAAUGCAUCAUUGGGGUCCAGGAGGUCGAGUUCCUGGGCUAUCUCAUAGAUGGCACCGGCAUCCACCCCACCAAAGCUAAAGUCAGGGCAAUCCACGAAGCUCCAGCCCCCAAAAACAAAGCCGAGCUUCAAGCAUUUUUGGGAUUGCUAAAUUUUUAUGCGGUGUUCCUUAAACAGAAGGCAACAGCCGCUGAGCCACUCCAUCGAUUGCUGGGGAAAGCGGUUCCGUGGAGAUGGGGGACAGAGGAAGAAAACGCCUUCAAGACCAUCAAGGGGCUCCUAUCCUCCGACAGCGUGCUGAUCCAGUACCACGAGACGCUUCCGCUGCUACUGACCUGCGACGCUUCUCCAUAUGGGAUUGGCGCAGUCCUCAGCCACCAGCUCCCCAACGGAUCAGAGGCACCCAUCGCCUACUUCUCUAAAACGAUGUCCAGCACCGAGAGGAAUUACAGCCAGCUGGACAAGGAAGCCUUGGCCAUUGUGGCUGGAGUCAAGCGCUUCCAUGAGUACCUAUAUGGCCGGAACUUCACGGUCAUCACUGACCAUAAGCCACUCCUGGGACUAUUAGCGGGUGACAAACCCACACCUGGCUACAUGUCGCCCAGGAUGACACGCUGGGCCAUCUUCCUCGCCGGGUAUGCUUACAGACUCAUUCACAAGCCCGGCAAAACCAUCGGGAACGCAGAUGCCCUGAGUAGGUGCCCAUCCAAAGAGCCAGUAGAAGACCCCGCACCCACCAUAAGCCUCCUCCACAUCGACGCCGACAGAGACUGCCCAGUGACGUCAGCAGAUGUGGCCACCCAUACACAGAGGGACCCCAUACUCAAGCAAGUGAGAUCCUGGGUCCUGCGAGGCUGGCCAGCAGAAAAACCGGCAGAAAAGUUCAGCCCUUUCGCACGGAAGCAACAGGAGCUGUCCACCAUGAAAGGCUGUAUCCUAUGGGGAGACCGGGUGCUGAUUCCCAGCGCUCUACAGAAGAAAACGCUCGAGACGCUCCACAACGGACACCCGGGCAUCGUAAGGAUGAAAGGACUGGCACGGAGUUACGUCUGGUGGCCAUCCCUGGACAAGGACAUUGAAGAGUGGGUCGCCAGAUGUGACCCGUGCCAAGAGGUACGUCCCGCCCCCGCCCAAACCCCAGUGUCAGAGUGGGAGAUGCCCAGCAGCCCAUGGGCACGGAUCCAUAUUGACUUCGCGGGUCCAAUGCAGGGGCACUACCUCUUAAUCGUUGUGGACGCUUUCUCCAAGUGGCUAGAGGUCAUCCCCAUGGCAUCUACCACGUCCGAAGCCACCAUCAGGGCACUCAGGCGCCUAUUCGCAACACACGGGCUGCCGGAUGUCCUAGUCUCUGACAAUGGCCCACAGUUAACAUCCAAGGCCAUGGAAGAGUUCCUGGCGGGACAGGGCAUCCGCCACGCCCUCACCGCAUUUUACAGGCCAGCCGGAAACGGUCAAGCGGAACGCAUGGUGAGACUCACCAAGGAGACGCUCACCAAGAUGGGUCCGGGCGACUGGCAAGAGAGGAUUGACAACUUCCUCCUUACACAACACAUCACCCCACAUGCCACCACCAAGAAGAGCCCAGCUGAGCUACUGAUGGGCAGACGCCUGAGGUCACCCCUGGACCGGCUGCACCCCCAGUACAACCCCGAAGUGACAGCAACGGCCAGCCGGCCGCUCCGCGCCUUCACCAUAGGAGACCCGGUGUUUGCGCUUAACUUCAACGGCUCUCCGAAGUGGCUAAAGGGGAGAAUAGAAAGCACAACCGGCCCGAAGUCCUACCGAGUCGAGCUGGAAGAUGGACAGGUCUGUAGACGGCACAUCGACCAGCUUCGGAAAAGGUGGAGGGGAUCGGAAGGAAACCAGCCCGACGAGGUAGGCCUACCACACCCCGACGAGGUAGGCCUACAACACCCCGACGAGGUAGGCCUGCAACACCCCGGCAGAGCAGACCUACAGCACCCCGGCAGAGCAGACCUGCAGCACUCCGGCGAGGUAGGCCUACAA